GUUUUUUCACUUUGUUUCUGAGGACUGACAUCGCCGUGACCAUGUUGUGUUCUCGGAGGCUCGUGCAGCAGUGGUGUUUCGCCGUCUUCCUGCUCUGCUCGCCGGCGCCUCACCACGGACGGCCGAUCGACGCCCUCAGCGGCAGAACGAGGCGCUCUGUGAGCCACGCUCAGCUCAUGCACGAUAAAGGUCGCGUGCUACAAGACUUCAAGCGCCGCAUGUGGCUGCAGGAGCUGCUGGACGAGGUCCACACGGCCGAGAUCCGAGACCUCCAGAUCCGGACUGGAGGAGCAGGAGGAGGAGGAGCAGGAGGGAGCAGCAGCGGCGCCGGCUCGGCGGUGGGCGUACCGGGCGUCGGGAUCCACCCGAGCACCACCGGCAGCACCCUGCACUCCAAACCGGCCGGAGGCACCAAGAACCUGCCGCUGAGCUUCCGGCAGGAGGAGGAGGAGGAGGAGGAGGAAGGCACCAACCUCCCGCAGGAGACCAACAAGGCGCCGAGGACGUCGGGCAAGAAGAAGAAGAAAGGCCGCGGCGGCAGGAGGAGGGAGGGCGAGAAGAGGAGGCGGAGGGCCAGGUCACUGGGGUGGAGGCCCGAGGAGGAGGAGGCCGGCAGCGGGCGCCGCCUGGAGUGGAGCUCCCUGCUGGGCCUGCGGAGAACCCCGCUCUGAAACACCGUCAGUCUCUGACCAAGGGAGCUGCUGGCGCUCUGAUGGGACUCCUAAAUGCUCCUCGUCCCGGGGGACGGGGACUGUUUGGACAGACAGCGGAACAUAUUUAUUGUGUGUAAAUAUAUGUGGACGUCAGCGGAGUGUUGAGGCGACACCAGAUUCAGAUCUCUGUGAAUCUUCGCUUAAGUUUCCUUUUUUUAAAAACAGACUCCAGUUGUUCCAUGUUGCUGUUUGUUGUUGUUGUUGUUGUUGUUGUUGUUGCGGUAAUUUAUUUGGUCUGAAUGGUGUAUUUAUUUUGUAAAUGUAUCGAGGUGCUGCUGACCUUCUAUAUUUUUGUACCAUAAUGCACUUUAGAUAUAUAAUUAUAUAAAUAUAUAUACCAUUACUGUUGCUGUGUGUUUGUGACGGACUCUCUCUGUUCCUCUGCUGCUGUUUGAGGGGUUUCCUUUGUUUUCCUCCCAUGUUUUAUUUUUUUCCGAUGUUUGUCGGAUGUUUUGAGGGGGGGCAGUUGUUUUGAUCCCCCUUAUCUCCACCCGCUCCUUGAAGCCACAGCUGGACCUGUACAUAAAUCAAACCACCCUCAUGUCUUUGGCACUUGCACUGAG